CCGAUACCAGCCAGUUCACCACGCUCUCCUUGUAUCUGGAGUCUGCCACGCACAGAGUGACGUGUCGCCUACUAGUCUUCAGGUUUGCCAGGUACCUCCACAAUUGAGGGACCCAUUCGGCAUCGAGUAUCUCUUCCAGCGGCCUCGCUACAUCCCUGUACGGCAGUCUCAUGGAAGGACUCGUACUGAAUCUAGCGCCGGAGGAGAUUCGGUCGGAGAAAGAGUCUUUGAACAAGACUCUGAAAACGGUCAUGAGGAGGAAAACUGAUGCUGCAAGGACGACCAGCUUGAGGAAGACCUGCGGGCGAGGAUACGAAGCCAUAGUCAGGAGCAGGAAGGGGCGUAUCUGGUUUAUCUCAGCUAACGUACGCCGGCGUGCACUAAUUGGAAGCGCGCCGUCCGCAGUUUUCCGCGGUGAUCAUGGGUUUCUCGGGCGUUCUACAGGAGGUUCGGAAGCGGUGGUUCAUUCUUGGAGUCGUGGUGGUCAUCUUACUCGCCAAACUCUUCCCUCUACUAGGCGCCAAAGGAGGUCCGCUGAAGCCGGAGAUCACGGUUAGGAUUAUUGCAGUCUCCGCCAUUUUCUUCAACAGUGGUCUCUCCCUCAAGACAGACGAGCUCUGGCGUGCUCUGGGGCAAGUGAAGCUCCAUGUCUUUAUCCAGACGUACACCCUAGUCCUCAUCCCUGUCGUUAUGUCUCUGAUUGUCAAGGCUCUCAGAGUGGCCCACAUUUUGGACCCCGAGUUCCUCAAUGGUCUGCUGGUAGUGGGUUGUAUGCCGCCUCCUGUAUCUUCAGCUGUCAUCCUGACAAAAGCAGUGGAAGGAAACGAAGCUGCAGCAAUCUUCAAUUCGGCAUUUGGAAGUUUCCUGGUACCAGCUAUAAAGCUAGACCCUCUUGGUGUAUGUACAGCCAUUGUUUCCCCUGGUUUAUAUAUACAGGGAAUAGCAGUGACUCCAAUCCUGCUGCUGGUGAUGGUCGGAGCACGCACAACUGUCCCUUUUGCUUCGAUCUUCAUGCAACUGUCAAUGACUGUUCUUGUCCCUUUAAUCAUUGGACAGGUUGUGCGAAGGUUCACAAAGGAGUGGCUGGAGAGGAACACCCCGCCAUUUGGAGCAAUCAGCAGUGGAAUCCUUCUGACCAUCAUCUACACCACGUUCUGUGACACGUUCUCCAAGGCUGAUGGCCAGUUCUCUGGCUCUGCUGUCCUCACAGUCGCUAUAAUUGUUGUGCUGUGUCAGUGUUCAUUCAUUUUCAUUGCCUACCUCUUAGCCACUGCCAUUGGGUCCUAUACAAGACACGACAUUAUCGCCAUCAUAUUUUGCUCCACGCACAAAUCUCUAACACUGGGUAUCCCUAUUCUCAAGAUUGUGUUUGGAAGCUCAGACCACCUGAGCUCCAUGACGCUGCCUCUCCUCGUCUACCAUCCCACACAGAUCCUGCUCGGCAGUGCCCUUGUUCCGUUCCUCCAUUCGUGGGUCAGCCAGCUCCCCUCUCCUCCUGGACUGCCUCUGGUCACUUCUCGAACCAGCACCCCAGAUAAAGAAAACAUAUCUCCUCCAUCCAUACUCUCUCCCUCUCCAUAAGGUUACAUGGUGCUUCAUUCGCAAUGCACACAUUCACUAGUUUCUCAUAAUAUUUGUAAUUCCUGCAUCAUUUUUACUGAUGCCAAAAAAUUGAUUUUGUUUUAGUGUUAGCAACCCUUCUUUCUGUCUCUCUGGUUCUCAAAAUAUAUUUAUUCAUCCACACAUCAUUUUUACCGUUACAAUGCCAUAAAAUUGAUUUGGUGUAGUUUCUAUUUGGUUCUAUAUAGUGCUAGCAGCCCUUCUUUCCGUCCCUGAUGUAGGUGCCCACCUCAUAGGGGAAGGUGACCACCUUCAGUAGGAAGUCAGUUAGUGGUUUAAUGGCAGGGAUGCAAGCUGCAAAGGGGACUAGUAGUAUGUAGAACCCUGCAGCCAGUCCAGCUAUCCACCUGUACAAUAAUAUACAGCAUCUGAUGUGACCUA